UCUCUCUUUGUGAUCAUGAGUCCAUCGGGUCCUGUGUUAAACUUCGGACAGGAGCGCUGCUGCUGCAGUAACAACAGGUGCCACCGGCAGUCUAGAGGCACGGUGCUCGGUGGAGAGUUGGCUGUAGAUCCUGCUCACAGGUGUGGGCUGAUAUUCUUAAAGAAACACAACAUAACAACAACGUCACAUGAGCAGGCAACAGGCAACAGGCAACAGGCAACAGGCCCCUGCAAUCGAUGUGCUCGACGCUCGACAGAUAGAUGUUCAGUCGGGACCGUUAGUGGAUGUCAGAGCGAAUCGAGCGGCGUGUGGAAGAUAAACAUGGAGCGAAACGUCGGCUCGCUCCAGGAGCAGGCCCUGAAGAGGAAGGAGAGACUCAAAGCACUGCGAAGCAAACAGAUCCAUGGCCGAGAGCAGGAAGAUGGGGAGCCGGAGGAGAAGAGACCUUCAUUGGAGGAGACCACGGAGGAGAAACACAGAGAGCUGAAGCUGAGGAAUUACACUCCAGAGGACGAAGAGCUGAAGGAGCGGCAGGUGCCCAAAGCCAAACCAGCAUCAGUGGAGGAUAAAGUUAAAGACCAGUUAGAGGCAGCGAAUCCAGAACCCAUAAUUGAAGAAGUGGAUUUGGCCAACCUCGCCCCGAGAAAACCAGACUGGGAUUUGAAGCGAGACGUGGCCAAGAAACUGGAGAAGUUGGAGAGAAGAACACAGAGAGCCAUCGCUGAGCUCAUCCGGGAUCGUCUGCGAGGCAGUGAGGACGAGUUGGCCGGAGUGGUGGGAGCAGCAGUAGGAGGGGAAGAGGGAGACUCAGACUGAAUCCAAGAUGUAAUAGUCAAAAAGAAGACUAUGGCGAAUGAGUGGAUCACCACAGUUAUGGCCUGCACCAUCACAUCAAUGUUGUGCUUGGAGAGAUGUCGGCUUUCAUGGCUGUAGGCAGUUGAGUUUUCCCAUCAGGUCCUCAUUAUUGCGUUAUUACAUAAGAUAUGUAGUAGCACAUUCUGUAUAUGUGGUCAAUUGAGGUUCAUUGUUAAUGUACUCACCAAUUAUUUUUAUAUUAAGUAAAAUAAUGUGAAUUUUU